GCAACUACAGUACCCUUGGCUGUGCAGGAGCCUUUGACGUCACGAGCGCGAUACGCAUUGCGCUUCUGCUGGCCGAUCUUGAAGCGAGAGGAAGAGAGCUCGCGGCCGUGUCAUUUCGUCUCCGUACUUAAAGCACUGGGUAAAUUUAGUAUCCGUACUCCUUUAAAUACGCCACCUGCGUGACCUUAGGUGCAUCGGCAAUAUCAAGACAUGCUCAAGGACGUAAGGCACCAUGUUCCCAGCAGUUUGGACGGAGUCUAAAAACUGCUUCCUAACGUUUGACUGAGGUAAGGUCGUUUGCGUAUUUUAAAAACUUCAAAAUACUAUUUGCGUCAUUUUUUUUUUGUAGUUUUAGUUUUAGUUUUUAAUUACUACAUUAGUUUCAGUUUCACUUUCAAUCAGCCGAAGCUAGUCCAAUCCAGUCCCUUGAGGCGACACCGUGACGUCACGGGACAUUAGCAGUCGCCAUCUUUGGUCGAGAUUGGAAAGUUGGUGCAGCUGGUCCGUCUCACGGGGUAGAGCUCGACGCUUCGGUCUUCUCCCCGACUGUGUCGCAAAACAGGACGAGGGCCCGAUGCGUUCGUAGCCCGGGUCCGACAGGCAGGCACAGGGCGCCCCACGAUGACCAUCCUCCCGACCAAGAAGGCCUCGCAGCAGAAGAGCAGCGAAGGGGACGGCGCUGAGUCGAGUUCGUUCCAUGGCGACCGUCACUCGGGCCACGCGACCGAGGGCUACAACUUCCAGAGUCGGACUUCUCCGCCGCCCCGGUGGCCCGCCGCGUCGAGGGAUGAGAAGAGACCGGCGCACGGUUCCAGUGCGACCUUCGAUGAGUUCGACGGCGUCGACGGAGGGCCGAGCCACUCGAAGCGCAGGCAUCGGGCCUCGCCUCAUCGCAGCCUGCGCAAGGCUCACGGCCACUCGCACUCGAUGCUCGGACACAGGGCGACGGGGGUGGUGGUGACCAACUUCGGCAAGGCGGGCACCUCGCAAGGCGGGAGCAACAGCUCAGCCGCCGAAGACGCUGUGUCAGCGCAGGAAGACUCCGAUCCGAGCGGAUACAAUAGCGGCGACGAGUACGACAAGCCUCCCGAGCUGUGGACGGCCGAAGAGUUCAAAGAGAGGGAAUAUCAUUUCGAGAAGAAGCUUCGGAAAAAGGGGCUCAUGAUCAAGAGCAUGGGGGAGGACGGAGCCUGCCUCUUCCGGGCCGUGGCGGACCAAGUCUAUGGAGACCAAGAAAUGCACAAGGUGCUGCGCAAACUCUGUAUGGACUACAUGGCGAAGAACUCGGACUACUACUCCCAGUACGUGACCGAGGACUUCGAGAAGUAUGUGGAGCGUAAGCGCAGUGACCACAUCCACGGGAACCACAUCGAGAUGCAGGCACUUUCGGAGAUGUUCAACCGCCCCAUCGAGGUGUACCACUACAGCUCCGAGCCCAUCAACAUCUUCCAUGGGAUGCAGCAGACGGACAACGAGCCCAUCCGGCUGAGCUACCACCGCAACGUGCACUACAACUCCAUCAUCGACCCGUACAAGGCCACCGUCGGGGUGGGCCUGGGACUACCCGCCUUCAAGCCUGGGCAUGCGGACAAGACUCUGGUGAAGGAGGCCCUGCGAGCCUCGGAGGAGCUGGAGCUGGAGCAGGCGAUGCUGGAGGACAAGCUGCGUGCCACCGACUGGGAGGCGACGAGCGAGGCCAUUGAGGAGCAAGUGGCCCGAGAGUCCUACCUGCACUGGCUGCGUGACAAUGAGAUGCGCUCGCGCAAGAAGACGCGUACCGCCACGGCGACCUCCAGCUCGAGCCUAUCACCUCUCGUGGAAGGGGGCGGAGCCAGUGCUUCCUCCUCCCCCCGAGGUGGGACUGCAGGGGGCAUAGCCAUGGGAAGGUCCUCCCCCCGCUCAAGGGCAAGCCCAAGGUCGAGUAGCCAUGCCUCUCAACAGGAGGCAACGCUACCAAGCACCAAAACGCCUUCCGAGAAAGGAUUCAGUCCCAAGGCCGGCAGUUCGGGCCUCUCUGGCGCAGUGCUGCAGGACGUGGGCGGGACUUCGUCGUGCUCCGCCCAGGAGGAGGGGUUUUCCCUGGUCGAGACCGCCUCUUUCCUCAACCACCUACCUCCCUCUAUGUUUGGCCUGACGGACUGGGAGGACUCGGACAUCAUUGCCAGGGUGCUGGCCCAGUCCCAGCAGGAGUACCUGGACUCCCUCAAACGUGCUUCCGGCAACUCCUCGGCCUCCUCCUCUCCGGCCGGGGACGUGCCGGACUGUCGCGCGUCUCCAGCCUCAUGCUCGGCCAACCCCGCCUCCAGCUAGCGUCGCACGUCACUCCGUCUCGCCGGAACGAGCCGGCCAACAGCGUCCCGUCGGCGGCAGACGACACGCCGAUGAACGUCAUCUCUCCAGGCGGUGCCUAGUGCGUGCUUCAAGCAGCCGGCGGUGUGGUGCAAUUCUUCUCUACUUCUGACCUGGACGACUGCAGGCAGUGCCCACGUUUUGCGAGUUGUCUGCUUCCGGACGUUCGUGCCACGGACACGGCCCUUCUCUUUCUCCUUUUUCGGAAAGUAUGCGCCAGCAAUGGAGAGGGCUUUGAGGCGCCCGCUAAAUUAGAAGUGCUCGACCGCAACGACGGACGUUAUUGAGUGUUACCCGCUUUGGGUGCCAAGGUCGGUGCAAAGGUUGAUAGGGUUAGAGGUUCAAGCUACGCGGUGGAUUGGAACGGCCGCCGUUGCGUAGCCAGAUAGUGACGGUGCCGUGGCUAGAAAUUGUGACGCUGCAUAAAACUCGUUGCUUUAUCAAGAAACUUGACGUUUCUCUCUUUUUUUUUGUGCGCCGGGCAGUUGUUUGCUGUGCAUGCUGUUUUGUGUUGGGGGAGUUACCUCGUAAGUUAAGGCACUUUUGUUGUAUGCCUCAUUGAAGUUGUAUAUUCAUUCUGAAAAUUGCCUGAACAUGCAGAGGGACAUAGAUGUCAUCUCGAUAGCUCGCGUCAAUGGGAUAUGUCGAUCAAAUUCUGCUCGCGACAGAAUAAAACAGUCUAUUGUUUGCUUCGGUUUGUUUCGUCGUCGAUGCCGCGUGGCGGACAGUUCUCUGCCGUUAUUUGCUCUAGCUCGUCGCCGUCUCUUUUUCUCUUUACUGCGAACACAUUCCUUUUCCAUUUGUUCUUAAACAUUAAAAGCACUAUGCACACUUUCUGCGUGGAUGCACGUCGCUUAUGGUUUGUUGCCGUCGGGUACUGUUUAAAAAAACAACCAUCUUUGUUUCCAGAUUGGACUGUCUUUCUACCUUCUGGGGCUGAUUAAAAUAUUUCAUCCGA